CUCCUUUUUCGCCCUGCAAGCCCCGCCCCUACGCGUCACGUGGGCCUUGUCGCUCUCGCAGGUCGGGGGUUCGGGGAGGGUCGGAGUCGUGUUUGUUUCCGGAAGUGCUCGCGCCUUAGCUGGGCCUGAGCGGAGGCCCGACCCGACCCGGUCCGCGGCGCGCAGUGGCUGUGGCUGUCGUCACUGAAGCGGACGGGAGCGAGUGAGCUGCAGGGAUGGAGAUAACCAGGAGCAAUUUUAAGGACAACCUCAACAAAGUUUAUGAAGCUAUUGAAGAUGCAGACUUUUUGGCUAUCGAUGGAGAGUUUUCAGGAAUCAGUGAUGGACCUUCUGUUAGUGCGUUAACCAAUGGCUUUGACACACCUGAAGAAAGGUAUCAAAAACUUAAAAAGCAUUCCAUGGAUUUCUUGCUGUUCCAGUUUGGCCUUUGCACUUUUAAAUAUGAUCACACAGAAUCUAAGUAUAUUAUGAAAUCAUUUAAUUUCUACAUCUUCCCCAAACCUUUCAAUAGAACGUCGCCAGAUGUGAAGUUUGUCUGUCAGAGUUCAAGCAUAGACUUUUUAGCAAACCAGGGAUUUGAUUUUAAUAAAGUUUUUCGCAAUGGAAUCCCUUAUUUAAAUCAAGAGGAAGAAAGGCAGCUGCGGGAACAAUAUGAGGAAAGGCGUUCUCAAGCCAAUGGAGUGGGGGCCUUGUCAUACGUGUCUCCCAAUGCCACAAAGCGUCCCGUGACAAUUCCAGAGGACCAGAAGAAGUUCAUUGAGAAAGUGGUAGAAAGGAUAAAAGAUCUCCUGCAAAAUGAAGAGAGCACAAGUUUGGAGCUGGAACCGUGCACAGGAUUUCAGAGGAAACUAAUCUAUCAGACGCUGAGCUGGAAGUUUCCAAAAGGCAUCCACGUUGAAACUCUGGAAACGGAGAAGAAGGAAAGAUACAUUAUCAUUAGCAAAGUGGAUGAAGAGGAGCGCAAAAGGCGAGAACAGCAGAAGCGGGCGAAAGAGCAGGAGGAACUCAAAGACGCCGUGGGCUUCUCCCGAGUCAUUCAAGCUCUUGCAAAUUCUGGCAAGCUUGUGGUCGGGCACAACAUGCUGCUCGACGUCAUGCACACCAUCCAUCAGUUCUACUGCCCCCUACCUGAGGAUCUCAACGAGUUUAAAGAACUAACGACAUGUGUCUUUCCAAGGUUAUUGGACACUAAAUUGAUGGCGAGCACUCAGCCGUUCAAGGAUAUUAUUAACAACACAUCCCUAGCAGAGCUGGAAAAGCGUGUGAAGGAGACUCCCUUCAGCCCUCCAAAAGUCGAAAGUGCCGAAGGUUUCCCGAGUUACACCACAGCUUCAGAGCAGCUUCACGAAGCGGGUUACGAUGCUUACAUAACCGGCCUGUGCUUCCUCUCCAUGGCCAACUUCCUAGGUUCGUUUCUCAGCCCUCCGACAAACCACGUGUCUGCCCGAUCAAAGCUCAUCGAACCCUUUUUCAACAAAUUAUUUCUGAUGAGGGUGAUGGACAUUCCAUAUCUCAAUUUGGAAGGGCCAGACUUGCAGCCCAAACGUGACCAUGUUCUUUACGUUACGUUUCCCAAAGAGUGGAAGACAAGUGACCUUUACCAGCUUUUUAGUGCUUUUGGUAACAUUCAGGUAUCCUGGAUUGACGAUACGUCAGCAUUUGUGUCACUUAGUCAACCAGAACUAGUACAGAUCGCUGUAAACACCAGCAGGUAUGCCGAGAGUUACAGAAUCCAGACCUACGCAGAAUAUGUCGAGAAGAAGCAUGAAGAAAAGCGGCAGGUGAAGAGAAAAUGGACAGAAGACAGUUGGAAGGAGAUGGAGGCAAAACGGUUAAAAACACAGGCCCCACCAUACAUGCUUCAAAACCGGUACUACAACCCUAACAGUUUUACAGCUACUGGCACUGUGGGGAAGAGAAGUAUGAGCCCUAUCCAAGAGGAGAGCGGCUGUGAUGAAGUGGAGGAGAGCGAAAUGCAAGAGGAUCCCCCAGACUCCUUUGCUGAGUCCCCAGAAGAGGGGAAGAAGAAAGCCAAGAAGCUCAAAAAAGCCGAAACGGAACAAGCCCCGACAGGAGAACUCCAGAGCACGCCCCCCCGUCUCUUUGAAGUCCCAGACACGUGGUAGUAGCCGGCUGCACCUGCGCCAAGUGGACUCCUGGUUUGGAUGAAUCUGCAGCACAUGGGCCUCGCCAGCCGCCCUUUAUUUAAAUAAAGUGUGUGUGUGUGGGGGUUAUAAAUAAAUAAUGAAGCAGGAUGUCUCUCGGCAAUCAGUUUAAUUUUUUUAAACUGUCAACUGAACAAUCAUCGUCGCCGGUUUUGAUGUGCGUGCGUGUGUGUUAACACGUCAGGUUUUUUUUGUCGCUUAACACAAAAUCUUUGUUUGCUUGUUGUCAAUGUUAGAUCUCCAAAGCAAGACUGAGUGUUUGAUAUUGAUCAUCUUUAAAUGGCAUGCAGCCUGUGAAAUUUAGGGGGGGGGGACCUGUGUGUGUUGUAACUUUGCGCUCCUGCCCCUUCGAUGGGGUGAGGAUUUCUACGCAAAUCAUAUUUGGUUUCAGAUUUUCACACGUUAAUACCCGGUCAGUCACAAAAUGCUUUCAGCCACUUGAUUUCCUCUCAUCAUCUCUGCAGGAAAGCCACUCCCAGUGCCCCUCUCCCAACCCCUUAAAUUAAUUUUAACCUGAUGCCACCCUUCAUGCCUUUUUUUGCAGGGGAGGGGAAUUGGUUUUUCCUGAACCUCACAUUUUGUUUGGGAAGUGUAUGAGGGGGAGGGAGUCCUUUUCCAGCACCUUUUCCCUUACCUUUGUAGGUUGUAUUCUAUAUUUAAAAAGACAAACAGAAACCUGCAACGUUUACCAGCCUUCUUUAGUUUAAAAAUAAAAAUCUGCUUUGGUAGAUUUCAUAAACUUGGUUUGAUAUUUAACAUUUUUGUAUCAUGGAAAUGAGAAUGAAAAAAAUGUAUUUCCAUAAAGUGAAAAUUAAAGAUUUUUUUUUCUUAGGA